GGGAGAUGGCAGGCUGUGAGACGCGUGAUCAGACGCCCUCCCGUUAUGUCUGAUGGCCUCUUUCUUCCUCUUUGGUUUUUUCUUGGGAUUAGCAGGGGAUAGCGAGAAAGACGACUCAUACCCACAUCAGCACAGCUUUCGGCAUGGGGCUAUCCUUCUCUUCUUCUCCUUCGUCACCACCACCACCACCACCCCUCCCUGGCUGGGGUUAGGUAGGUAGGCAGGCAGGCACUGCUGCUGAGACAGCCCAAUCUUUGAGGUAACAAAGUCUUGCUGUCUUGGGCAAAGGUGACAUUGGAAGUUUACAGCUCUCCAGGUUGGGAAGUCCUAGUCUGGGUUGGAGUACUGACAUGUUUUGUCUUGGAAGCACCACUUACAUACAACCUUGCCUUGACCUUGAAGCUAAGGUUUAAGCUUUUUUUUCUUUUUUUUUCCCUGUCCCAGAGAUUGCCGCUUUCUAUAUAUCUCCCCGAGGCUCGCCUCCUCUUCUUGAUGGAGAUGUGUUUGAACAGACAACACAGCCAAUCCCCUUUUGCGGAUAUUAUUACCUGCCUAUUCCAAACCGCCUCGCUUUAGCGUUACCAUCACGGGCAAACAAAGUCAUGACGGACUCGCCGGUCAGGUGGUGUUGAAGUUUGGUCAUCUCCUGUUUCGGACUACUGGACUAGUUGGGCAACGUACACUCAGCGAAGUCGUUGCUGUGUCAUCAUUGGAAAAUUUCCCUUUGGCUUGUCGUUGCCUGGUUCUAGUUUGGGCAUGGGGAACAAGGGAAAAAGAUAUGAAAGAAGCCACCUCUCCUUCGACAGAGAGUUCUAUAUCUACCCCAUCGUCACCAGCAUCUGAAGCAACAAUUACACACACAUCCUCACCGGCAUCCUCUUCAACAACAGUUACUGCUGCUCCUUCGCCAGCUUUGACAUCAACAACUCUUGCUCCUUCACCUUCAACAACAGUCAACAUUCCUUCCCCAUCUGCAACGGAAGACAUUCCAACUACAACAACAACAACAAUGUACGAGUACGAAAGUAUCAUGACCUUUGACCAGCCCAUGAUUAUGGGCUACGACCCCUCUGGCUCUUCCUCGUCGUACACCACCCCCUCAUCUGCUUCUGGAGCCGUGGUCAAGAAGAAGAAGAGCAUCAAGUCUGAGACUUCGAUUGACCUCCGCGGCCCAUUGGAAGUCGAUGGCUCAGUCAAGUCAAUGGCGAGCAUCAAGUUUGACGGGGACUUUGCCGUCAGGGAUAGAGUGGAGGCUUAUGGGGAUGUGGGUGUUCACGGCACACUCAAUUGCAGCUCACGAAUGAAGUCAAUGGGCAAUGUGAAAAUCAACGGAAACGCCACAUUCGGGGACAAGGUCAAAAUCUUUGGGAAGCUGAAGAUCAACGGGAGUCUGGAAGUCAAUGGUGACUUGGAGGUGUGGGGGGCGUUGACGGUGAACGGAUAUCUGAAGUGCAGGAACUUGACGGUUCAUGCCUCCCUCACAACGGUGGAUAGCUCGUGGUAUGAGGCGGAGAGCGAGACGGUUCAUGGGGCGAAGUUGGUGCAGAGGAGUGGUUAUGUUGGAUGAGCGGGAGAUUGGUUGAUAUUUCUUUUGUGGUUUCUUUUCAUGUUUCCUGACUCUGUUUGACAUUGGUUGGGCUGGGCAUAUGGGAUUUGGGUUGAACACUGUAUACCACCGAGACUUUUGGGCUGUUUCUUUAUGUCUGGCAUGUUUCUUGUUUUUUUCCUUUUCAGUCUUUGGCAUCUCGAAUCUGGGGAAGGGGCAUGAUGAGCUAUGAAUACUGGGUUUUCUUACUGUCAUAUUUUCCUUGUUAUCAUGUUGCUGUUAUGUCCAGAGUGUUACAGGCUCAUAGCCGUCGAUUAGUUUGGGGAUGGCAUUGGCAUUGGUUUCUUGUUCUCAGAUACUUCAAUUCAUUGUUGGCUGUAGCAACAGCAUUUAGAGUUGGCCAUUGGCAUGGCCGUUUAGGUAGCAACAUUACAAUAGAGCUCAGUACCUGUGUCAACGUUGGCACAGGACUCAACA